AUGGGAUGGGCUCAAGGAAAUGAAAAUUAUUAUGCUACCCAAGACACUGAUCAUGGAUAUCGUCCUGGUAUAGAAGCUCAAAGAGAUUUUCUAAAUAGUUUAACAGAAUUUUCAAGUGAAGCCGAUGCUUCAAAUUUUUCAGAUACUAGGAGAUAUUCUGGAGUUCACGAACAUAUGCAAGACUUGAAUAUAGGUUAUUCCUAUGGAGAUUCUUCUCAUAGCUCGAGUAAUAGAUUGGGGAGACAGGAGUGGGACCAACCAAAUGCAUAUCAUAAUCCCUAUUACUCAGGAUACGGUUUAUCUAAUCUACCCAGACAUCUUCAGGAUUCAGCCAAUCUUCCUAUAUUUGGAUCCAACCAACCAGUUGGAACAUAUUACGGAGGGAUUACAUCUGGUUCGGGUAGUAUUGAUGAUCGUAGACAAAAUUAUGGUUCAUCAAGCAGAAGCAAUGAUAAUAGAGAAUAUCGAGGUUUUGAUGUAUAUGGAAGGGGUUCAUUCAGAGAAAAUCAAUAUGGUUCGAACAUCUCUCCUUAUCCAAGCAAUAUGAAUCCAGAACAAGGAUAUUCGUAA